AUGACUCAGUACAACCAUUCAGCACAGUUCUCUCUCCCGAGCUCAGCAAAUAAAUCAUUAAAUGUCACUGAAACACCUUUGUCUUGGGAUGAAAGGACACUCUUAGGGCUGAAGAUUUCACUGUCAAUCCUUCUGGCUGUUAUAACUUUGGCAACGAUCCUCGCAAAUGUUUUUGUUGUUAUUACCAUUUUUCUGACUAGAAAGCUCCACACACCCGCAAAUUACCUCAUUGGCUCCUUGGCAGUGACUGAUCUCUUAGUGUCUGUCCUGGUGAUGCCUGUCAGCAUUGCUUACACCGUCACCCACACGUGGGCCUUUGGCCAGCUGCUGUGUGACAUCUGGCUGUCAUCAGACAUCACGUGCUGCACAGCCUCCAUCCUGCACCUCUGUGUCAUUGCCCUGGACAGGUACUGGGCUAUCACAGACGCUCUGGAGUACACCAAGCGCCGCACUGCCGGCCGAGCCGCCCUCAUGAUUGCCGUGGUCUGGAUGAUAUCUAUCAGUAUCUCCGUGCCACCAUUUUUCUGGAGGCAAGUGAAAGCUCAUGAAGAAAUUGCAAAGUGCGCUGUAAACACGGAGCAAAUUUCCUACACGAUUUAUUCUACUUGUGGAGCUUUCUACAUCCCAACUGUGCUCCUCCUUAUAUUGUAUGGGAGAAUUUAUGUAGCAGCUCGAUCCAGGAUUCUGAAUCCACCCUCAUUAUAUGGGAAACGUUUCACUACUGCACACCUGAUCACAGGUUCUGCAGGCUCUUCCCUCUGCUCCAUCAAUGCUAGCCUCCAUGAAGGGCAUUCCCAUUCAGGUGGAUCCCCAAUAUUUCUCGGUCAUGUUAAAAUAAAACUUGCAGAUAGUGUGCUGGAAAGGAAAAGAAUUUCUGCUGCGAGAGAAAGGAAAGCUACCAAAACUUUAGGCAUUAUUCUGGGAGCUUUCAUUAUCUGCUGGCUGCCUUUUUUUGUCAUAUCCCUAGUCCUACCAAUCUGCCAAGAUGCUUGUUGGUUUCAUCCCAUCCUACUGGACUUUUUUACCUGGUUGGGUUACCUAAACUCAUUAAUCAAUCCAGUAAUUUAUACAGCUUUUAAUGAAGAAUUUAAACAGGCUUUCCAAAAACUAAUACUUUUCAAAAAGAGUUCCUCUUGA